CUGUAGCCUCGGCACCAUGGACCCCCUCAGGCGGUCCCCGUCCCCCUGCUCAAGGUCAUCUAGACCCUCCAGCCCCAGGACCCCGCCCUGCGAGACGCUGGGCGGUUAUGUGGGCAUCGAGGCCGUGCUGGACCAGCUGAAGAUCAAAGCCAUGAAGAUGGGGUUUGAGUUCAACAUCAUGGUGGUGGGGCAGAGCGGACUGGGCAAGUCCACCAUGGUGAACACGCUGUUCAGGUCCAAGGUCUGGAAGCCCACCCUGCAGGGCUUGGGGGUGCCCACGCCCCAGACAGUGCAGCUGCAGUCGGUGACCCACGUCAUCGAGGAGAAGGGGGUGAAGCUGAAGCUGACGGUGACGGACACACCUGGCUUCGGGGACCAGAUCAACAAUGACAAGUGCUGGGACCCCAUCUUGGGCUUCAUCAACCAGCAGUACGAGCGGUACCUGCAGGAGGAGCUGCUCAUCACCCGCCAGCGCCACAUCCCCGACACCAGGGUGCACUGCUGUGUGUACUUUGUGCCGCCCACUGGGCACUGCCUGAGGCCCCUGGACAUCGAGUUUCUACAGCGGCUGUGCCGGACUGUGAAUGUGGUGCCCGUGAUUGCCCGGGCUGACAGCCUGACCAUUGAAGAGCGAGAGGCCUUCAGGCGCAGGAUCCAGCAGAACCUGAAGACCCACUGCAUCGACGUGUACCCCCAGCAGUGCUUCGACGAGGACACCAAUGACCGGAUCCUCAACAGCAAGAUCCGGGACCGGAUCCCCUUCGCUGUGGUCGGGGCCGACCGAGAGCACCUGGUGAACGGCAGGUGUGUCCUGGGCCGGAAGACAAAGUGGGGCAUCAUCGAAGUGGAGAACAUAGCGCACUGCGAAUUUCCCCUCCUGAGGGACCUGCUCAUCCGCUCCCACCUCCAGGACCUGAAGGACAUCACCCACAACGUCCACUACGAGAACUACCGCGUCUGCAGACUCAACGCCAGCCACGCGCUGCCCCGCGGGCCGGGCUGGGUGAACCUGGCUCCGGCCCCCAGCAGCGCCCCCACACCCAGCCCAGCUGAGCCACAGACAGAAAAGUGGGGCCCAGGUCUGGCCAAGGAGGGGCCCAGCGGUCCCCCCGCAGCAGGAGCCGGCGGCACCGGCCACGUCCUGCCUUUCAUCCCGGUCCCAGGUGCCAGAGACCUUGAAGGAGGCGCCCGCGUGCCUGCCCCGGGAGGACUGGGGAGGCCCGGACCCGGCUCGGCAGGACCGCGGCUGGGACGUGGUGCCGCAGCGCGAGGGGCUUGGGGCGCAGGACGAGGAUGGCGAGGACACCGGGGAGGGCCCCCCGAGGACAGCGGAGGGCGACCAGGCGCUCAGCGGCGGCCGUCAGGGCCCGACCAGGCCCCCGCGGCCGGGAGCCAGAGGGGGCCCCCAGGGGGCGGCCAGGCCCUUCACGUGCCCCGAGUGCGGCAAGGGCUUCGGCAAGAGCUCGCACCUGACCAAGCACCGGCGCACGCACACCGGGGAGCGGCCCUACCGGUGCCAGGCGUGCGGCAAGGGCUUCAGCGACCGCUCCAACUUCAGCACGCACCAGCGGGUGCACACGGGCGAGCGGCCCUACGCCUGCGCGCAGUGCGGGAAGCGCUUCAGCCAGAGCUCCAGCCUGGUCAUCCACCGGCGCACGCACACGGGCGAGCGGCCCUACGCCUGCGCGCAGUGCGGGAAGCGCUUCAGCAACAGCUCGCACUUCAGCGCGCACCGGCGCACGCACACGGGCGAGAAGCCCUACGCCUGCCCGGCCUGCGGCAGGGGCUUCCGCCGAGGCGCCGACCUCCACAAGCACCAGCGCAGCCAUGGCGCCCAGCCCGGGCCGCCGCCUCCGGGAAGCCCCCUGGGCCCAGGCCUGCCCGCGCGGCCCGGGGCUGCGUUGCCCCCACCCCUGCCGGAAUUGCCCCGCCGCGAUUCCUAGAGGUCCCCCAGACGGGCGGACAGCGCCCACCCGCCUGAGAACACCGUGGGCUGUGUUGGGCCGGCUGCUCGGCCGCUGUCUCAGCUGGGUGGGAGCCCACAGCCCCCGCCGGCCGCGCCCUCCUGCGCUGGGCCUCCGCUGGCCACUCGCCGCCUCUCUGCCUGUCUUCCCGGGACAUCAGUCAGUCCUCUCCUUAAUUUUAACAAGGACACGUGUCUACUGUAAACUCAGCUGACCCCACCUGCCGCGGCCCUAUUGCCAAGUAAGGCUCCAUGCAGAAGUUCCGCGUGGAGAGAGUUGGGGGACAGUCCUCCCCUCUGUGAUGGCUUCCCUGCCUGCCCUGGGCCUGGCUAUGCCCAGAGACACACUGUCAAAGUGUAGCCUGGAGAGGCUAUUCCAGUCCCCACACCCCCCAGCUAUCAAUGAGGAAAUAGGAGUCACCCUCGACCUGAUACACAGGAUGUACAGGGGUGUGGCAAUGCUUCCCCUGGGCCUCAUCCUCUCUUACUUUUAAGAUUUUUUAAUUUAUGCAUACAAGAGCUGGGCUACAGGCCAGAGGUGCAAAGGUGGCUGUGGGGUGAGAGGACGCCCCAGAGACAGGGUGGAGAGCACAACUGGCAGAUCCACAGCGACACUGCUGAGGGAGCAGUGGGGGCACAGGAGGGGUCUGCUGCACCCUGGGGGUCGCUCCCUGGCCAGGGAUGGACUCGUGCUGCGGUGGCUGCCGAUCGAUCGCUUCACUGUGCUGAGACUUAGCCCCUUGUGCCAGCAGAAGCCCUGGACGCCAGGCUGGGGAGCCUUGCCACCGCUCCCCAGGGCGGGGCUCUGGGCCGCCUUUGCUGGACCCCAAGGACAGGCUGGCCUUGGCCUUUCUGAAGCGCCUGUGCCCAGAGCUGCCCACAGCCAUGCCUCUCGAGUGGCUGACAGAGCAGCAGAAGUCUUGCCUGCUUUAGCCAUCAGAGGAGUCAGGGUAGCUGCUGAAAGCACUGGGUUCUGGAAGAGUCCAUGCAGGGAGUGGGUUCCUCCUCGCUGGGAGCCCCCCCCCUCCCCUGCCAGCUGUGAUGCUCCAUUCCCUUGCGUCCCCAUCACGAGACAUUUCCACCUCUCCACACACCCAGGUUCCACGUGACCCCCUUCUCUGCUCGCUAAAUAAAUGACAGCCCUCCUG